AUGGGCCGCCCACGCAAGGAUGACGGCGAGACGAGCAUUAAGCGCGUGAAGAAGGUGGGUGGCGCAAAGGACCCCAACAUGCCAAAGCGCGGCCAGUCCGCCUUCUUCCACUGGUUGAACGAGAACCGCACCCGGCUGAAGAACGAGAACCCCGGCGCGUCCGUCGGCCAAAUCGGCAAGCUCGCCGGUGCCGAAUGGGGAAAACUCACCGACAAAUCGAAAUGGGAAAAGUUGGCGUCGGAAGACCGAAAACGCUACGAGAAAGAAAUGACCGUCUACAAGGCCCAACAGUUA